AUGUGGAAUGUGGGAGAGGUCCAAAGGAAGAUGCAAAAAGAAGCUAGGGAAAGGGAGCGCCUGGUCGGCAUGGAGAACUUUGCUAGGUGAGCGCAAUUUUCUCUCAUGCAACAAGCUCGGCGCCCAGGCUUAUCCUGGUCGAUUUCACGCUUCACGUUUACAGAGGAGCGGAUGACUUAUCUCGCAACGCUGAGCUCAAGUCCGUGGAGAGAGCAGACGAUCCAGCUCUGAGAUUUCUGACCAAGAAGAGAGAAGAAGGGCCUCAAAAGCCAAAGUACAAGGGACCUCGACCUCCACCCAAUCGCUUUGGUAUUUUGCCGGGGUACCGCUGGGACGGGGUUGACAGAGGCAACGGUUUCGAGGCAAAGUACUUUAGAGCUCGAAAUGAAAGAGAGGACAGGAAGAGAAGAGAUUACUGA